AUGCCAGUGACGUUGUAUGUUGGAGAGCGUCAAUUCGAUACAGUGGCGUUUCUGGAUGAAGGGUCAUCCGCAACUCUGGUAGACGACGUAGUUGCUAAGCGAUUGAAAGCUAGAGGCACAGUAGAGCCGUUGAUAGUCACGUGGACGGGUAAUAUUAAUCGCUACGAAAACGAUUCGAUGAAGGUAGAACUAAUGAUGUCGGCAAAGGGAUCGAAGGAUAAGUAUUCGUUGUUUAAUACCCGAACGGUGUCUGAAUUAGUGCUACCGAGACAGAACGUACGAUUUGCAGAAGUGGUGAAGAGAUAUUCACAUUUGACUGGUGUACCAGUGAAGAAUUUUCCGUCGGGUAAACCGAGAAUUUUACUUGGGUUAGACAACAUCCAUCUUUUCGCGCCGCUAGAGUCACGUGUCGGUAAACCGAAUGAACCGAUUGCCGUGCGGUCAAAGAUAGGCUGGACAGUCUAUGGAACGGAGAACAGUGCACCGAGUGCUCAUACGUACUUGAAUCUACAUUCAGUCGAACCGAUGAGCAAUCAGUAUCUUCACGAUAUGUUACGAGAACAAUACGUGCUAGAUGAGACAGCUGUUACAACCUUUGCGAUACCUGAGCCUGUGGAAGAUAAACGGGCUCGAGAAAUACUCGAAUCUACUACGAAGCGUGUAGGUGACCGCUAUGAAACGGGGUUGUUGUGGCGUGAAGACGCAAGGCGAUUUCCGGAUAGCUACUCGAUGGCAGUACGACGGAUGAAAGCUCUCGACCGAAAGCUAGAGAAAAGUCCAGAACUGAAGCGUAAUGUGUGUCUGCAGAUCGAAGACUAUCAGGUCAAAGGAUACACACAUAAAGCGACCAAAGCAGAGCUAACCGAUACUCCGAGGAAUACGGUAUGGUAUUUGCCGCUAAAUGUGGUGGUGAAUCCAAGGAAGCCUGGCAAAAUACGCCUCGUUUGGGACGCUGCAGCGUCAGUAAAUGGGGUCUCCUUGAAUUCGGAGUUACUCAAAGGUCCAGAUAUGUUGGUUCCCCUGCCUCGAGUAAUUUGUCAUUUCCGGGAACGUCCGGUCGCGUUCGGAGGUGACAUACAAGAGAUGUAUCACCAGAUACUGAUCAGAUCGGAAGAUAAGCAAGCACAACGGUUUUUGUUUCAUUCAAACGCAGAAGACUCUCCGCAGGUGUACGUCAUGGAUGUGGCUACAUUUGGUUCCACGUGUUCCCCGUGUUCAGCUCAAUACGUAAAAAACUUGAACGCAGAGCGGUUUGUCCACGAGUAUCCGGCGGCGGUGGAAGCCAUCGUAAAACGUCAUUAUGUGGACGAUUAUUACGACAGCGUAGACACGAUCGAAGAAGCAGUGCAACGUGCAAACGAAGUGAAGUAUAUUCAUUCGUGCGGAGGAUUUCAUAUUAGGAAUUGGGUGUCGAACUCAGCUAACUUUCUUGAAAAGUUGGGGGAACAAAUCGCUGAUUCUGCCGUGCAUUUCAACCGAAAUAAGAGCACCGAACACGAACGUGUGUUGGGGAUCACGUGGGAUCCGGUUCAGGAUGUUUUCUAUUUUGCUUCAAUAUCAAAAUCGGAGUACAAUCAGGUUCUUCGCGGAGAAGAACACCCGAAUAAGAGAGUCGUACUCAGCAUUGUGAUGGCACAAUUCGAUCCUGUAGGACUUCUCGUUCCAGUCACUAUUCUGGGAAAAAUGCUGGUUCAAGAUCUUUGGCGAACAGGAUGUGAAUGGGACGAAACUAUCGAUGAUUUAUCGUUCAAGAAGUGGCUACGCUGGACGAACAUCUUGUUAGACGUAGAAUCAUUUAGGCUACCGCGAAGCUAUUUCGGAAACGCAAGAUCAGAGGAGAUCGAAGACGUACAGCUUCACAUCUUUGCAGAUGCUAGCGAGACUGCAUAUGGAUGCGUGGCGUAUUUCCGCGCAAUCGUGAGAGGCAAAGUGGUAUGCUCGUUAGUGAUGAGCCGAGCGAAGGUUGCUCCGUUAAAACAGCUUUCUAUUCCGAGGCUAGAGCUUCAAGCAGCAGUGCUUGGAGCCAGACUAUCAAAAACAGUGCAGGAUAAUCACAAUUUUUCGAUAAGCCGUGUGGUGUUUUGGAUCGACGCAGAAGUUGUGUUGUCGUGGAUUCGUUCUGAUCAGCGCCGCUAUAAGCAAUUUGUAGGUUUUCGAAUCGGAGAAAUCCUUAGUCUAACGAAACUGACAGAUUGGUACGGUAUUCCAAUGAGACUUAACAUUGCAGAUCAGAUAACAAAAUGGGGUAAAGAUCCAGAGAUACACCCAAAUAGUCCGUGGGUUCGUGGACAACCGUUUUUAUACAACAACGUGGAAGAUUGGCCAAAAAAAAGCUUACCACCGGGAAACAUCACAGAAGAACUACGCUCUCACUUGUUGUUACACGACGUGAAAGUGGCAGAUGUUCUUGUGGAUACCAAUCGUUUCUCUAAAUGGACUGUACUCGUGAGAGCGAUGGCGUGCGUAUUUCGAUUCGCUUCAAACUGUCGGCAAAAGGUUAAAGGUCUACCGAUUCACACGUUGCGAGCAACAUGCAGACAGUUGAAAGUGCUGAAGCCUAGUAAAACCUCAACAGUUCGUAUUCCGCUGCAACAAAGCGAAUACGAGAAAGCAGAAUUGUUUCUGUUCAAAAUGGCACAGACCAAGAGCUACAUCGAUGAGUUGAAAGUGUUGACGAGGAAUAAGGAUCGUCGAAUGAACGAGUGGUUAAAGAUCGAGAAGUCUAGUCCGUUGUACAGAUUGACACCAUUAAUCGACGAGAAUGGGUUAAUUCGAAUGGAGGGCCGUGCCGAGAAUGCUGAAUUUCUAUCGUUUGAUCUGCGUUUUCCGGUGAUUUUGCCAUAUGACCAUAGAAUCACGAGGUUGAUUGUGCAGCAUUACCAUGAAAAAAGUGGUCACGGAUACCGUCAGGCGGUUAAGAACGAGCUUAAGCAGCAGUUUCAUAUUCCACAUAUCGACGCAAUUGUCCGAAAGGUAUCGUCAUCUUGCGUAUGGUGUAAGGUUCAUCGUUGUCGUCCUGAAGUCCCACGGAUGGCUCCACUACCGGUGCAAAGACUUACACCAAAUCUACGACCGUUUAGUUAUGCUGGCGUAGAUUAUUUAGGACCAUUUGACGUGACAGUUGGACGCCGCUCGGAAAAGCGUUGGAUUGCGCUGUUUACUUGCCUAGUAACUCGUGCAGUGCAUUUGGAGGUGGCCUGCGGUCUAACUACACAAUCGUGCUUAAUGGCAAUACAUCGAUUCAUUGGACGUCGAGGUUGGCCGAGAGAGUUUUUGUCCGACAACGGAACGAAUUUCCAAGGGGCAAGUAAAGAGCUUGCGAGAGACGUUCAAGCAAUAGGAGCUGACUGCGCGGACGAACUCACAAAUGCAAAAACGAAAUGGACUUUCAAUCCGCCUUUAGCUCCUCACAUGGGAGGCGUUUGGGAGCGUCUGGUUCGUUCUGUAAAGGAAGCGCUCACUGCACUAGAUGACGGAAGAAAGUUAACGGAUGAAAUCCUGCAGACAGCGAUCGUCGAAGCGGAGGACAUGAUCAAUUCGCGUCCUCUUACAUACGUAUCGGAGCAGUCUAACGAGGCAGAGGCUCUUACCCCGAACCAUUUCUUGCGGGGAUCUUCACCAAAUCAGCCAUGUGUACAUCUUCCCCCACCUCACCCAGCCGUAGCACUGUAG